AUGUCUCUUAGUUGUAUUCAACAAUGUACAAUUUGUUUCGUAAAUCUUGAUGGAAAUAACGGAUAUAUACGUCAUAUUCGGCAAGUACAUGGAAAUGAUCGUCAAUUUGCUACAUUUUGUUCUCUAUGUCAUUCAAAAUUUGUUUUUACUAAUUUAAAAUCAUUUAUUUCUCAUUUUCGUAAACAUAUGUUAGAUUUUUCAUUUAAUGAAGAAGCUUUAUCAUCUCUAUGCACCACUCAUGAUACAGUUAAUCUUAAUAUUCAUGAUGAUAUUGAGGAACAUUUGACAGUGUAUGAAUAUGAACAAUAUGAUCAAUUAGAAGAAAUAAAAAAAUUUUAUGUUAAAAUGCUAUUAAAAAUUCGCGAAGGUCAUGUACUUCCAGGUUCUGUGAUGAAGACAAUAGCGUUAUCUGUUAGUUCUUUAAUUGAAACAUUUUCAAUUCAUUUAUUAUGUAAAUUGAAUAUCAAUGUUGAUCAUCCUAUUUCACGUAAUAUUAACGAUUAUAUCGAAAAAAUUCUUUUCGAAAUCUCAAAGAAUGAAGAUUCAUUUAUUUCUUCCUGUGAACUUUAUUUCAAAUUUAUUAAACCAAAAGAAAUACAAUUACCGACGGGUAAUAAAGCUUAUUAUAUUCCAAUACGUGAUGUAUUGAUGAAUUUAUUUAAAAAAAAAGAUUUUUAUGAUUGUAUUAAAAAAGAAAAACAAUACAUAUCUCAGUUUGAUGGACAAGAUAUUCUUUAUCAUUAUCGGAACGCAGAGAUAGGUAGACAACAUCUCAUAUUGAAUGUCAAAGAAAACAGUUUGCUGUUACAAUUAUAUUGUGAUGAUAUAGGUGUAGUUAAUCCAUUGAUGGGAAAGAAUACAACACAUAAAUUAACAACAUUUUAUUUCUCUAUAGAUGAUUUACCAGCAUGUCAUAAUUCUUCGUUAAAUUUUAUACAUCUAUUAUUAUUAUUCUAUACGAAAGAUUUUGAAGAUGAAAAUAAUCGUCGAAUAUUAUUUAAUCAGUUAAAUAAAGAUCUUAGGUGUUUAGAAGAUGAUGGUCUUGUAUUACCCCGUGAUAUAAAUUCAACUUACUUUACAAUUAGCACUGUAUGUGCUGACAAUCUAGCUGGUAGUUUUUCUAAUAAAGUAGUUAUCAAGAAAAGAAUUGAUUCACAUGAACUUGGUGGAUUUACUUGUGCAUUUAAUUCAGGUCGAUGUUGUCGAUACUGCCUUAUAUAUCAUAGAGAUAUGAAACAUGUUUACAAAGAGUCGGAUAGUUUAAUGCGUACAGCUGCAUCACAUGAUUCUCAUGCAAAACACAUUCACAAUGUGUCUAAUGAUAAAUCUUUGUAUGGUGUUAACGAAAAAUCAGUUCUUUCAACAUUACCAUCAUUUAAUCCAAUUACUUGUUUACCCCCAGAUAUUAUGCACGACAUUUUAGAAGGUAUUAUGCCAAAAUUUACUAAUUGUUUAUUACAUACGAUUGUAUCUAAUCGUUUAUGUACAUCAUCUCAAAUUUGUCAUCGAAUAAAUAAUUUUAUAUAUGGAAUAAAUGAUAGACGAAAUCGACCACCAGCAUUUAAAGAAAAAGAGAUUCUUGAUAAACGAGUUCCUGGUAAAACCAUGGAGAAAUAUUGCUUAUUUUUGAACUUAUCAUUUAUAUUAAUUGAUAUUAUUGAUAAAAUACUUUAUUGGUUUUUAUACAAAUUACUGCGACAGAUAUGGGAUAUUCUGUAUAGUGAUUAUCCAAGGAAAUCUUGGUUCUCAACACUUGAACAAUUAAUUCAAGAAUUUAUACAAUUGUUUCAAACCAUUUUUCCCGGACAAUUUAUUCCUAAAUGUCAUUUUCUUCUUCAUGCAGCACGUAAUACUGCUAAAAAUGGUCCAUUAAAACGGCAAAUGAAUUUACGUUAUGAGUCAAAGCACCAUUUAUUAAAAAAAAUUGCAAAUAGAUGUAAUAAUUUUAUUAAUUUACCUCUUACCAUAUCUAGGCGUGCACAAUUACGCCAAUGUUAUGAUUUAAUGGAUGACAAAUGUCUUAAAAGUGGUGGUAUUAGUGGUAGAUUUCGUUCACGAUGA